GGAGAGGUUUCCACACCCUUAUAAAGGGUGCUUCGUUCUCCUCCUCAACCAACAUGGGAUCUCAUAAAAGGUGAAUAGAGACACCAGCAACGCCCCUACUUUCUCUUAGCCCCCUUUUCUCUCCCCCUCUCUCUCUCUCUCUCUCUCUCUCUCUCUGGUUUUGCCAUUUCUCUUGAAACAACCAUAGUUCUCUUCUCUGCACUCAUCUUUUUCAGAAUCUGAGCUCAACCAUGGCGGUUCUCUUGCUCUGUUAUCUCAUUUUCUUGGCCUUCACUAGCCAUUCAAGUGCAAGCUAUUGUAUUUGUAAAGAUGGACAGAGCGACCAAGCCCUUCAGAAGACACUGGAUUAUGCCUGUGGAGCUGGAGCUGAUUGUACUCCAAUUCUUCAAAAUGGCCCUUGUUUUCAACCCAACACUAUAAAGGAUCACUGUAGCUAUGCUGUUAAUAGCUAUUUUCAAAGGAAGGGUCAGGUUCAAGGGAGCUGUGAUUUUUCAGGCACUGCCAUGCUUAGCCAGUCUCCUCCUGUUGAAGCUUCUGGGUGUGUUUAUUCUUCCAGUUCCAGCAACACAGGAACUCCAACCAGCACCACCCCGUUUACCACCGUGCCCAGCACAACACUGGGAACCACCACAAACCCGUCGACACCACCACCCUCGACCACAACCUCCCCCUCGGUGUUUGGGAGCGGGAUAAGCCCGACAGGUAGUGUCGGUUUCGGUGGUAGCGGUAAUAACAUGGAUGGCAGUGCUGCUGCAGGUCUCACUGCAGCAGCCUUUAACUUGUUCUUCUUCACAGCCACUGUCACAUUUUGGUGGUCAAUGUUCUGUUAAGUCCAAGGUUAACAAUUGAGGUCAUUAGUUGAUUUGUUUGGAUGGAUGGAUGCAAAGCUGGGAAGAUUAUUUUCUAAUGUCCUUUGAUGUGGAGAAGAGAAAGGAUGGGACUUUGCACCCUCUAAUCAAUAAUUCUGUUCUUUGUUCAUUAUUAAUUUCUUUAUUUUAUAAUAAAGUUUAUGAGUUGCGUUAC